AUGGCCAACAAAUUCCGUAAUUUCCACCCGAAAACAACAACAUUUCUCAUCCUCCUCAUACCCUUGUUAUUUAUCUCCCUGGUUUUCGCAGAAACCCCAUCAACCGCUUCUGCAUCUCCCAUAACCAUAUGCAAAUCCACCCCAGACCCAUCUUAUUGCAGUUCCGUUUUCCCUCCCCAAAACGCCAACGUUUACGACUAUGCCCGAUUCUCACUGAGAGAGUCUCUUUCACAAGGAACCAAGUUCUUGAACUUGGUUAACAGACACCUCCAACGCCGCUCUUCUCUUUCAACCUCCGCAAUCCACGCGCUCCAAGAUUGCCAAACCCUCGCCGAACUCAACGUCGACUUUCUCUCCAGUUCCUUCCAAACAUUGAACCACACAACCACGCUCCUUCCCAGUUCACGAGCUGACGACAUCCAAACCCUUCUAAGCGCCAUUUUAACCAACCAACAAACCUGCUUGGAAAGCCUCCAAGUCACAGCCUCCGCUUGGCGUGUCAGCAGCGGACUCUUCCUACCGCUUUCCAACGACACCAAGCUCUACACCGUCUCUCUCGCGCUCUUCACCAAGGGCUGGGUCCCAACCAACGCUAACGUUACCGCGUUUCACCCACCCUCCAAACACCACGCCUCUCGAAACGGUCGUUUACCGCUAAAGAUAUCCGGCAGAACGCGCGCGAUCUACGACUCCGUGAGUCGGAGAAAGCUCCUUCAGGGGAAGGUGGGUGACGAGGUGAGGGUGAAGGACGUCAUCACUGUCAGCAAAGAUGGUAGCGGGAACUUCACCACCUUGCACGACGCCAUUACGGCGGCUCCCAACAAGUCUUCCUCUACCUCAGGGUACUUCCUCAUCUACGUCACUGCGGGUGUUUACGAGGAAAAUGUGUCAAUUGAUAAGGAAAAGACGUACUUGAUGAUAGUUGGAGAUGGCAUCAACAAGACAAUUAUUACAGGGAAUCGCAGUGUUGUUGAUGGUUGGACUACCUUUAAUUCCGCAACUUUUGCUGUUGUUGCUGAAGGGUUUGUAGCUGUUAACAUAACUUUCCGUAACACUGCUGGAGCGAGCAAGGGUCAAGCAGUGGCACUAAGAAGUGGAGCAGAUUUGUCAACAUUCUAUAGCUGCAGCUUUGAAGGGUAUCAAGAUACAUUGUAUACACAUUCUCUCAGGCAAUUUUAUCGAGAAUGUGACAUAUAUGGCACCGUUGACUUCAUAUUUGGAAAUGCUGCCGUUGUUAUGCAAAACUGCAAUAUCUAUUCUCGUCUCCCUCUGAAAGGACAAUUCAACACGAUCACAGCUCAAGGAAGAACUGAUCCGAAUCAAAACACAGGAACUUCCAUACAGAAUGCAACUGUGAAAGCUGCUGAUGAUUUGGCUCCAGCUGUUGGCACCGUAGAAACCUACCUUGGGAGGCCAUGGAAGGAAUAUUCAAGGACAGUUAUCAUGCAGUCCUUUAUGGACAGUUUUAUAAACCCUGCUGGUUGGCAUGAAUGGAGUGGUGAUUUUGAAUCGAGUAGCUUGUACUACGAAGAAUAUAAUAACACAGGACCUGCUUCUAACACUUCCAACAGAGUCACCUGGCCUGGUUAUCACGUCAUCAAUGCCACAGAUGCAUCUAAUUUCACCGUCUCUAACUUCUUGGCUGGGGAUAAUUGGAUUCCCCAAACUGGGGUCCCAUACUUAACUGGCUUGAUACAGUAA